UCUUCAAGGCUCAGGUGUGUUCCUCUUAGCUGGAUGCCAUGUUAAAGUGAAAAUGAAAGAAGUGAAAGAGCAAAUGAAGACAGCCAGGCCUCACAAUCUCAGGGCCUCGGCUCUAAUGCAGUGGGCACAGGAGGCCGCAUUUGAAGAACCCUGAUAUGCCACAAAGAUGUGGAAUCUGCUGAUAUGUGAUAUCUGAGUGAAGAAAAUGUGAACAGUCAGUUCCUGUGAACAACUCCAACUUCUUCAGUCAUUUGCAGUCAUGAAGACCGAGAAGGGAUGGAGCUGCUUUGUGUUUGUGUUACUCCACGUGGCACACGUUGCCUGGACACAGAUGUUUCAGAUUCUUGGACCCCCUAAUGCUGUUUUUGCUCUUGUUGGUGAAGAUGUGACUCUGCCAGCCUCACUGUCACCAGCUCUCAAUGCUCGGGGCUUUGACGUGAGGUGGAUUCAAGGUGAUUUCUUCACACCGGUGUUGUUAUACCGGAAUUCUGAAAUUAUAACAAAGAAUCAAAUUGAAGCCUAUAAGGGAAGGACUGUGCUUUUUCCAGAAGACCUCGUGAAUGGAAAUGUGUCUCUACGACUCCAGGAUGUCCAUGUUUCUGAUAGUGGCCUCUACAAAUGUUUUGUGUAUUCUGGACAAUGGGAAGAAGAGGCUCACUUCACUCUGAACGUUGAAGUCGUUGGCACUCAGCCUUCCAUUUCCAUCAGCACUACAGAGGACCAGCAGACCAGACUGGAGUGCAGCUCUGAGAAGUGGAGCUCUCAACCUAAAGUGACCUGGAGAGACAUGAAUGGUGUAGAUGUGACUUCACAGUCUACCUUAACAGUACAACGGGAUGAUGAGGGUCUCCUCAGGGUGAGCAGCAUCAUCCCCAUCAUGUGGGAGUUUAGCGUGUUCUCCUGUCUGAUGAGAAGUAACACAACCAGACCGGCCUAUCAGUCCAAAAUGGGGGUCUAUGUUUUCUCCCCAAAUAUCUCUGGCUGGUCAGUGGCUUUCUGGGUGUCGUUGGCUCUUUGUGUGGCAGGAACCACACUGCUGAUAUUAAAAUGGAGAAAAAUGAGAGAUAAAUCUGCAAGAUAUAACACCAAAGUUCAUUUCUUUUGUGUCUGGAACCUGCUCAAGGAAACAGAGAUGACACAGCAUCCAGGCUUGAUUCUGAAGUUUUCUAAAGUUAUUAAAGAAUUCCCUCCUAAAGAUCUCAUCAAGAUCACCGAGCACUACAAGCCCCAGCUGGCCUAUGUGAUGAACUUGGAUAUCAGCAGCGUCCUGCAGAGCCUGGUCACCAAGCAGAUCAUCACAAAUGAGGAGGCACGGAGAGUCAAAGCAAAAGAGAAGCACGAGGGGACAGCAGCUGUGAAGUCCUUAAUCAGUGACAUGAUGAAGAAGGACAGAGCAGUGCUGGUCAGCCUGUGGGAGGAGCUGGCUGAAGAAUUUGUGAGAUGUCCAUCACCAAACCUGAGAGGAAUUCUGGACAAGGUGACCGAGCAGGGACCAGACCUCUUGAUGGAGAUCCAGGCCAGCACCAAGAUGCCUUUCCUUGAGCCUCAUAUUAAAGACCUCAGUGAGACACACAGAGCCGCUGUGUCUGAAUCCAUGGGACCUCUGGAUGAUCAGCCUGCAUCUGGAGAUCCAGUCGCUAGCGUGGUGGGCCUUGAGACUCAAUACACAGAGCUAAUGGUCAUCAAACAGGACAUUAAAGAUGAACUGGUGAAGGCUGGGAAGACUCAGGAAAGACUUGAGGAAGAGGGAGCAACAAAGAAUUGUGAGCGAAUCUGGACUGAGCAGCUGUUUAAGAGAAGACCUAAAAGUAAAACACCUCCUAAAACCAUAGUGGUCAGUGGAGUGGCGGGAAUAGGGAAGACCACCAUGGUCCAGAAGAUCAUGUCUGAAUGGGCCAGUGGGACUCUGUACCAGAGGUUUGCAUUUGUCUUCAUGUUUAAAUUCAGGGAGCUCAACAUCCUGGACAAUGAGAAUGAGCUAGAGAUGUCUCUGACCACACUGAUUGUAAGGCACUAUAAACAUCUCACUCAUGACAAACUAAUAGAAAUUCUGCAGAAACCUGAAUCUCUGCUCUUUAUACUUGAUGGACUGGAGGAAUACAAACACAAACUGGACUUCACAGACAGUCAGCUCUGCCCAAAGCCAGAUGAGGAGGUGCCUGUCCACAUCCUGGUCACCAGUCUGGUCAGUCAGACAUUACUGAAGGGCUGUUCAGUCCUGAUAACAAGCAGACCAAGAGCCUUGGAGGCUGUGGACAUAAAGGAAACUGGUCGAUUUGUAGAGAUCCUGGGGUUCUUCCCUGAACAAAGGCUGAUGUACUGUAAGAAGUUCUUUGAUGAUGCUGAUAUGAGCACCAAGGUUUUUCAGUAUGUCAAGGAGAACACCAUCCUGUACUCUGUGUGCUUCAACCCCUCGUACUGCUGGAUGAUCUGCUCUGCACUGAGGAGUCACUUCAUGACACCUGAAAAAGAGCGAGGAGCUGACCCCAAAACUGUCACGGAGAUCUUUGUGAUGUUCCUUCACAACAUCCUGACCAAUCACAGACAAGAAGUCAAAAACCAGCGAAUGAUUCUGGUCAAACUGGGAAAAAUGGCCUAUUAUGGGCUUGAAAACAGGAUUCAUGUGUUUAAUGAGAAGCAAGAGAUGUCCACCUUUGGUCUCCAGACAUUCUUGUCCUCUCCAUUCCUCUCUGGGUUACUGCAGUGGCAAAGCACUGUGGAGCAUGCAACAUACACGUUCUACCAGAUCAACCUGCAAGAGUUCAUGGCUGCCUGCUCCUUCUACCUCGAGCCAUCAGGGGACAUUGAAGAAAUCCUGAAGAAGUGGGACUCAUGUAAAGAUGGCCGAUUUGAAAUUGUUAUUCGUUUCAUGGCAGGGCUGGCUUGGUGUUCUGUGCUUCAAACAGUAGAGAGAAUCCUGGGGAAGUUUGAGGGGAACACAGUAAAGCGCAUACAAGAGUGGGUGAAGCAGAAAGCUAAAAGGACGCUACAAGGUGGAGAUAAAAGUGAAGCUCUGCGAGUUUGUCACUGGCUCUGUGAAACUAAGAAUGAGGAGUUAAUUAGAGACGCCAUUGGGAAGAGUUUAAAGAUGGACUUUAGAAACACAACUUUAUCUGCUGUGGACUGUGCUGUGCUGGCCGCUGUCAUCAGUUGCUGUAAAGAGCUUGAAGUACUUGACCUGUCAUACACACCUCUGACCCCACAGUGUAUCAAGAGAUUGGCGCCGGGGCUCAGAUGUUGCAAUGAAGUCUGGUUGUACUCUUGUGGUCUCACCUCGGCCUGCUGCUCAGCUCUCUCCUCGGUCCUCUCGUCUCCAAACUCACGGCUGACUGAACUGGUGCUGAACUUCAACAACCUGGGAGAUUCAGGGGCUCAUCAGCUGAGUGAGGGGCUCAGGAGUGACAACUGUAAAUUAGAGAAACUGGGGUUGUACUCUUGUGGUCUCACCUCGGCCUGCUGCUCAGCUCUCUCCUCGGUCCUCUCGUCUCCAAAGUCACGGCUGACUGAACUGGACCUGAGCAACAACAACAACCUGGGAGAUUCAGGGGCUUGUCAGCUGAGUGAGGGGCUCAGGAGUGACAACUGUAAAUUAGAGACACUGUGGCUGGAGAACAACCCGAUCAGUGAGAGUGAGAAGAGGAACCUGAGGUCACUACAGGAGAUGCUGAGGAGGUCUGGACGUCAGCUGACUAUCAGUACAUGAGAAGACCAGCAGUGGUGAUCAGACUGACCCCUGUCAGUGACGGAGCCCCCCAUCCACUCCCUAAAUUCUCCUCUUUCUUCUUUUUCUUCUCCUUUCAGCUCUGCUCCUCAUUUUAUAAACUCUCCGUGUCCCCUCAGCCUAUGUGCUCCUCCUUUAACGUCACUUUUAUUUUUAACGCCUUAAGACCCUCUGGGUGACAAAACUCAAGCAGACUCAGACCUGCAGACCCCCGAGUUUCACCACUAGAGGCAGUAAAGCAGUGGGGGUCAUCCUGUAAAAAGACCCCCAAGUCGCCUGUCCCACCGAGGAGCAAAGAGAGGUGGACAGUCCAGCUGUGGGGUGACAGGGGGCCUGAGGCUGUAGUGACACUGGGGACGAGGCUGUGACAAACCCUGGACAGGAUGCUGGUCCAUCACAGGAUGCCAUCAGCGCUUGUCUCCAUCAUCACUCUGUGUCAUUUGAACCCGUGUCUCCUCCGUGUCCCCCAAGUCCUGUCUGCCACCUGCUGGUUGUCCUUUGGUGACAUUUCAACUCCCACAAGGCUCCGUUUUGAUUUUGAUUUUCUUUUUUAUUCCGUUGUCUCCACUUCACCGUCCCCUCCAGUCGUGUCCUUGCACUGGGUCACAUGUUUUGGGCCUGCACCAAAUUAACAUCAUUUUGGACCAAAAUCUUUAAAUGCCUUUCAGACAGCCUUGGUGUCCCAAUCCCUCCUAAUCCAUUAACAGCUGUGUUUGGUGGGCUCACAGAGGGGCUUAAAAUGGAGAAGGACAAACAAACUGUGAUGGCCUUCACUACACUACUGGCACGCACACUUAUUUUGCUCAACUGGGAGAAUCCUAACUCUCCUCUUUAAGUCAGUGAGUAACUGAUGUUUUAUAUUAUUUGAAACUGGAAAAAAUCAAAUUCUCACUUAGAGGAUCUGUGCAGAACUUUUUCAGAACCUGUCAGGAUCUCAUCGAUAAGAUUUUAGAAUAAGCGUUUAAAGCACUGAGGAAGCAAAUUCUCUCCCCUUUUUUAUUUCUUCUAUAUUUAUCUUUAUUCACUUAUUAAUUCAUCUAUUUACUUAUUUUUACUAGCUUUAAGUUUUACUCUUCUGGCCAUGCUCUCUUUCUCAGGGGUGAGGGUUGAUUUGUUUUCGAUCUUAUUUUUGUAAAAAUUGAUUUAUUUGUACGGAAUUUUGUAUGAUUGUAAUAAAAUCAAUAAAAUUGUAACGGCCGACCCCGUAC